AUCAUCGUUUCUUUUUGUUGAACAACGCAAGGAAGUACACUGUUGGCCGUGUGCCACAUUGUGAUUUGCGUUUAACCGAUGAUAUCUCAGUUAGCCGAGAACAUGCUGUGAUUCAUCGUUCGUCAUCUGGUGUUCGUGUGGAGGAUACGGGCUCAAAGUAUGGCGUAUUCGUUAACGAUGGCAUCGACACAAAUACGGAGAUUGCGAAAAAUACAGCGAUUGACCUACAAAUUGGUAACAUUGUUCGCUUCGGUCGAUUGGAAAACACUUUUCGUCUCGAAAACGUUGUCAUUAACGCGUGCACAUCGUCAAUGCAACCGGAUGAAACGGAUAAAUUGAGCAAACACUUGAAAAUUCUUGAUGAUUAUUUUGAGGCCUACAUAGAAUGUGCCACAGCACAACAGGAAGCGCCAAACGUCAACAAAUUCGUUCCAACAAUCGUUGAACCGUACAUCAUCAAGGAAUCAAAAAUGAUGGAAGUGCACCUCGAGCGACAGCGCUUGUUCCAGAAUAAAACGUUUGUCUUCAUGGUGAAACGGCACAUGGAAAAGUUUGAGCCAAUCAUCCGGCAAGCUGCCGGCAAAUGCAUUAACAUGGAAGAGGAUAAAGACUCGUUGGCUCAAUUCAUACAAGAAACCAUUCCAACAAACCGUGAACCGUUCAUUCAAUCAAUGACACCGAUUGAAAUUACAUGCGUGCCAACGUGCAAUGUCGAAUGCGUUUCGUACAAAAUGAAGAAAGAAUCUUAUGCAAAAUCAUCGCAGCCGCCGAGCUCAGCACGAAAUGAGGAGGAAAAAUUUGAAGAGGGGGAGUUGACAGAUGGAGAGAAAAAACGACAAUGGAUCAAAUCAAUGGCAAACGUAUUCGAAGUUCGCAAAGUGGAACCACAUCGCACAGCAAACCAAAGAUUCAAGAAAUUCGUUAAG